AUGUCGGAACCACCAUCACCAUCGAUUGAAAACAAUGAAGCAUCAUCAUCAUCAUCAUCAUGGUGGUUUGAAUCAUUAUUUGGUAAAAAUGAUACACAAAGUGUAACUCGUAAUCGAUCGAAUUGUAUAUUAAAUACAACACAAUCACAUGGAGAUAGUUGGUCAAGAUUGCGACAGUUUUUUAAUUUUUCUGGUCAUAGUUCAUCGACAAAUACAGAAGAUACUUUUCAUUCGUCUUUGUCAAGAUUUAGAUCAAUGGGUCAGUUUCUGGAAAAACCUAAAAUUGAAAAACACAACAGUAGUGGUAAAAAUGAUGAUCUUCGAUAUGGUCUUGGAUCAAUGCAAGGGUGGCGUGUUGAUAUGGAAGAUGCUCAUGCUACAGUUCUUAAAUUAGAUGAUAAUCGUUGGUCACAUUGGUCAUAUUUUGGUAUAUUUGAUGGUCAUGCUGGUUUUCGUACAGCAAUAAAAUCAGCUGAAAAACUUCAUUUACGUAUUGUUUCAUCAUUGAAUAGUUUAGUACAAGAUAAUGAAAAUUUAAAAUCUUUACCAACUAUAACAUCAUCUCAACUUGAUUUUAAUAAACUUGAAAUGGCUAUGAAAGAUGCAUAUUUUAAAUUUGAUAAUGAAUGGAGAGAAGAAAAUCGUAGUAAUAAUCCAGAUGAUAAAAGUGGUUCAACAGCUAUCUCAUGUUUAGUUGAUAGUGAACGAAUUUAUUUUCUUAAUGUCGGUGAUUCACGAGCGAUACUUGUAUCGCCUGAUGGACGUAUUCUUCUUGCUACAAAAGAUCAUAAACCAAGUGAUCAAGCUGAACGUCAACGAAUACAUGAAGCCGGUGGUACUGUACUUAUUCAACGAGUCAAUGGUUCAUUAGCUGUAUCACGUGCUCUUGGCGAUUUUGAAUAUAAAAAUAAUUGUAAUCGUCGUCCAGAUCAACAAUUAGUUUCACCUGAACCUGAAAUUACUUUUUAUGCACAUUCAAAUAAACAAGAUGAACAGAUUGCUUUUGUUGUCCUUGCUUGUGAUGGUAUAUGGGAUGUACUUACAAAUGAAGAAUUAGCUACAUAUAUACUUGGUCGUAUGCAUGUAACAGAUGAUCUUUGUGAAAUUGCAAAUACAGUACUUGAUAUGUGUUUAUAUAAAGGUAGUAAAGAUAAUAUGAGUUUGGUUAUUAUUGCAUUUAAAAAUGCACCAACACCAACACCAGAAUGGAAAGCUAAAGAUGAAACACUUAAUAAUGAAAUUCGAAAAAAAACAGCGGAAAUUUGUGGUCGUUAUCCAAAUAAAACAAGUUUAGAUGCUAAUACAAUUUGGCAACAAGUUGUGACAUCUCUUAAUGAACAAUCAUCUAUUCGUGAUGCACUUCCAGCUGGCGGUGGUUUUAUUUCAAAACGUUCUGUUUUUGAAACAGCUUAUGAUUCUCUAUUAAAAGGAACAAAUAAUACAGCAAAUUCAAGCAUUGGGGCGUUAGUAAAUAAUGAUCAUGAUGAUGGAAAAGAUGAACAUGAUGAUAAAUCAACACCAUCAAAUUCUUCAUCCGGCGAUAUUCCAUCAUCAAAUAGCACGAUUUCUGCAUUGACCCAAUAG